CAUGUGACAGCUCCGCCUCUUCGGUGCCCGGUCCCGGCACAGCCGGAGUGCGGCAGCGGGGGUGGCACCGCCAGAGCAGCCGCUACAGGCAGCGCCGGUUCCCUGUAGGGAUCAAGCUCGGAGGAGGAGACUAGGAGGUGGAAAUGGAGGUCAUGCAGGGAGCUGCAGGGGGACCCCAGCUGCUGCACCUGGGGGCUGGGGUCACGGCCCUGUUGUUAACGAUUGUGGCUGUGUGCUCCCUGCCCGCCCUGAUGGAUUACUGGAGGAAAUGGUGGGUGUUGAAGCCGGUCCCCGGUGUCAGCCCCUGCUAUCCUCUGCUGGGAAAUGCUCUACUUUUGGAGCGGGGGGGAGAAGGUUUUUUUAAACAACUACAAACUCACAUUGAAGAGUUCAGGAGCUGGCCGAUGCUUAAACUUUGGGUAGGACCACUGCCUGUCAUGGUUUUGUUUCACCCUGACAGUGUAGAGGCUAUUCUGAGCAGUUCAAAACAUAUUGAAAAAUCAUACCUGUACAAAUUCAUGCAGCCGUGGCUGGGCACUGGACUUCUGACAAGCACUGGAGAUAAGUGGCGGUCGCGGAGGAAGAUGAUAACUCCCACAUUCCACUUCUCAAUCUUAACUGACUUUCUAGAGGUUAUGAAUGAACAAGGAUGUAUUUUAUUGGAGAAACUUGAAAAGCAUGUUGACAAGGAACCAUUUAAUGUCUUUCUGGACAUCACUCUAUGUGCCCUUGAUAUAAUCUGUGAAACAGCAAUGGGCAAGAAUGUGGGUGCUCAGGAGAAUAAGGAUUCUGAGUAUGUUCGUGCUAUCUACAGGAUGAGCGAUCUAAUCCAAGAACGACAGAAGAGCCCUUGGCUUUGGCCUGAUCUUGUAUACAUGCUGUUCAAAGAAGGGAGAGAACAUGAGAGGAAUCUCAAGAUCCUUCACAAUUUUACUGAUACGGUAAUUGCAGAAAAAGCUGCAGAACUUGAAAACACCAAGAAAAUGAGAUGUGAUAAUGAUACCGGCUGUGAAGAAAGUGGAUCCAAAAAGAGAAAAGCUUUCCUUGAUAUGCUGCUGAGUGCAACAGAUGAUGAAGGGAACAAAUUGAGCUACAGGGACAUUCGUGAAGAAGUGGAUACUUUCAUGUUUGAGGGCCAUGAUACAACAGCAGCUGCUAUGAACUGGGCCCUGUACUUACUUGGACACAAUCCUGAAGCCCAGAAGAAGGUUCACAGAGAACUGGAUGAGGUAUUUGGAGGCAACACUGAACGUCCUGUUACAAUGGAUGAUUUGAAGAAUCUUCGAUACCUUGAGUGUGUUCUGAAAGAAGCCCUUCGGAUCUUCCCUUCGGUUCCACUGUUUGCCCGGACCUUGAGAGAGGAUUGCUGUAUUAGAGGAUAUCAGGUACCAAAAGGCACAAAUGUUGUUGUCGUAACUUAUGCCCUGCAUAGAGAUCCUGAGAUCUUCCCAGACCCGGAGGAAUUCAAGCCUGAGCGAUUCUUCCCUGAAAACAGCAAGGGAAGGCAUCCAUAUGCUUACGUGCCCUUCUCUGCCGGUCCCAGGAACUGCAUUGGUCAGCGUUUUGCACAAAUGGAGGAGAAAGCUCUUCUAGCCCUUAUCCUGCGGCGCUUUUGGGUGGACUCAUGUCAAAAACCAGAAGACCUUGGUAUAACUGGAGAGCUGAUUCUUCGUCCAAAUAAUGGCAUCUGGAUUAAGCUGAAGCGAAGGCCAAACACUAGAUCAGUAUGAAAGGAAAUUCAAGAUUUAAUUUUUCGGAAAACUUCCAAGCUAUUUAGGCUGUGAUGUGUUUUUAAAUCAGAUAUUUUGAUGACAGCACAGUGAUUUGUUGCAACUAAAGUAGUUACUGAUUGUUUCAUCAAAGAUGCUGUAACAAUCCUAAAUUGCUCUACUUUUCUAGUGCAUAUGAACUUCAUGUUAAUCUCUGAAGUUCAAGUUUUCAAACAUCAAAUUGUAGUGCCAUGGAUUAAACUUUUCUAUUGCAACAUUGCAAACAAAAAAAAAUGAUGGGAGGAACAACAGUAAUGCCUGUGAUGGAGUGAUCUGGUUAUAUACCAUAGCAUUUGGGAGGUAAAUUACAGUCUCAAAUUUUCGUAUGGUUUUUAGGUUUCUUUGGUUCUGAAAGGUGCAAGUGAUCAGUUCUUCCACUUGGCACAGUUUGAUUUUUUUAAUUUUUUUCUGUUUUGCUGAUGACUACAUCUAUUAAGACAAAGCAAAAAUCUCUAAUUUCACUUCCUUUGUAAGAAUGUACAGUAGUUCUUAAGUAGUGAGUGCUCUGAAUUAUUAGCAAAGUGUACCAUAAGCAUUAAUCUGUAUAAUAUUACCAUGAACUAGAAUGUGUGCAAAUUACAUGCAGGAUUUCAUAAUGGAUUUCAUUAUUACAAGUUUUGAGAAUAAAUUUCUACUGUGCUUCAAUAUGGAAUGAAAUUGUAUCUGUAAAAAUUACAUGCAGGUAGGUUACUGAUGGAUACUUUUUUACCAUCAAUUCCUCUGGAAUGAUCAGUUGACCAGAUUUUACUGUGUUAGUCAAAGCUGAAACAAUGAGCUAGUCUGCUCUUUCCUUACAGGGUCCUGAAGGCAAUGUAGGUAAUUUCUUGCUAAUUGAUGUUAAAGAGGAAUUAAAGUGAUGGAAUUGUGAAA